CAGGCUUGACUACGCCAGAUCAUAAACGUUUAACGUUGUAGUCGAUAUUCUAUUCGGUCUCUUUUUCCAUUACAAUUCCGCCGUUCAUGCUUCCUGGGUCGCAGCAUCGUACGCCGAGCCGCUUCUGGAGAUCCUGAGUCUGCAUCGGCAAGAUGUGGAACGACGAGGACAACAACCCCUACGGAUCUUUUGAUCGUCAUCUGGAUGCUACAACUGAUCUUUUUCAUGAAGCGCCCGCGUCCUCCACCUUUGAAGCUCCCUCCACCCCGCAAUCCACGUCCUCGACACUUGAUCCCCCUCCAGAUUAUGUCUCCCGAUUAGACAGCCCAAUCGACCAUGAUACGGACCAAGACGAGGCGGAGGAUUAUGGGCAUGCCGAAGACAAUCAAAACUAUCCGCGAAGGAAAGGGAUUUACCAAAGCCGAAUAGAGCAGAUCCUUUACGAGCAUCCAGAGCUUCCAAUCCUCAUCACACAUGCGGGCAAAAACCACGAGAGUGGAGGCAGCUUCAUUGUUUAUACAAUACGAACGGGGGAUCUGGAAGUGCGACGACGAUACUCCGAAUUUAGCUCUCUGCGCGCUACCCUCAUCAAUCUUCACCCAACUCUCAUCAUCCCUCCCAUACCUGAGAAACAUACAAUGGCCGAUUAUGCAGCGAAACCUACCAAGGCUAAGGAAGAUAGCUCCAUUAUCGACUUGCGAAAGCGCAUGCUAGCGGUCUUCUUGAACAGAUGCCGGCGGAUGAAGGUGAUCCGGGAGGACGGAGUCUGGUGGAGGUUCUUAGAUCCGAAUGCAAGCUGGACUGAAGUACUUCAUUCACAUCCUGUCUCCUCCAUCCCCAAGAACAACCUCAAAGCGCCUCCCCUCGACCCUGCUAAUCCGAAACCCGCACAUGCCUGGCUUCCAAUCCCUUCAUCAUCUGCGAAGCUAAAGUCAUCUUCGGCCACCUCUUCAUCCCUUUCGGAUCAUGCUUCAUCAACCCCAGGAAAUGUGCCAUUCCUUAAUCGGUUCCCGCCAACGUCGCGCAACCUAAGUGAAAAAGACCUAGACCCAUACUUUGUAAACUUCGAGGCGUCAACUCGUGAGCUGGAACUGCUAUUGCAAGGAAAUAUCGAAAAAGUAAACCGACGCACCUUGACGCAUCUUUCAUCCCUUGCUGCGGACCUGAUGGAGCUUGGCGCCCGGUACAAUGGGUUUUCCCUCUCCGAACCUUCCGCCACAGUUGCCGCAGCAAUAGAACGAAUUGGACAGGCAGCCGACACCUCAUAUAUUGAGACUGAAGAGCUCUCUUCUACUCUUGGUGCAACAUUCGCAGAACCAAUGAGGGAAAGUGCACAAUUUGCUGGCGUCGUCCGGAAUGUUCUCCGCUAUCGCAUCCUCAAGCGAAUCCAACAAGAAAUGACUCGCGAUGAACUCAGCAAGAAAAGGGCAAUGCUAGAUUCCCUAGAGCGGAGUGAGCUGGAAGCCAAAAGGAUUGAGCAAUAUCUGAAUCGUACUGGGGCCAGCUUAGCAACCACGAAACCAAGAAGGUCAUUAUCUGAAUCAUCUGCACCCAGUAUCCCGGAAACGUCAACACCUGAAGCAACGAGAUCAAAUGCCGAAGAUACCGCCUCGAUUGACUCUGAUUUCCCGACCGGGACUGGUGAUUCUCCACAGCCAUCUGCAUCCCAGGGCCUACCUCAAAGGCCUCUCGAGCAAUCCCCAUUACCUUCACCAGGUCACCGUAAGAGCCCUAGUGGUAACUUCGUAACGAAUAAGAUAUUUGGGCGAAUUAGCCAUGCCGUUCAUGGCUUUGUUGAUGUUGACCCGGAGAGAACCCGACGGGACCAAAUUGGGAAAACGAAAGAGACCUUGUUGCAGUUGGAGCAAGCUCUCCAAGUAUCGGAGAAGGAUGUCAAGGAUGCUAGUUCCGGUGUCUUGCAAGAUCUAAAACGGUUCCAGAAAGAAAAGGAAGACGAUCUACGUCGAUAUAUGGUAGCCUACGCCCGCUGCCACCUGGACUGGGCACGGAAGAACCUCGAGACAUGGACCGAAGCAAAGGAAGAAGUUGACAAGAUUGUUAUCCACUGAGUGGACUCCGAACUGCAUAAAUCACUAUCACAGCUGAUUAUCAACGCCAUCGUGUCAGCACACAUGCACACUCGACGUACUGGAGGUAAUUGUUUAAAUUUUCCUUUAAUUCUAUCCAGAGUAGAAACAACCUCGAGUAUUUCGCAGGGACCUAAAUCUAAUCUUUAUGGUAAAUGAAUGAUGUCGUAACUUUACAUACUUGGUUCUCCAUUUUUUUUUUUUUUUUUUGCGUUCCCUUUUUUUUUUUUCUCCCUCUCCUAAAUAUGUUAUACAGUCUUGACGUAAUACAUUAGGAACAUGCCUUCAUAAUUUAUUACACAGCUAUGAAGAGCGCUCCUCCCUCCUCUCGAU